AGGCCAAAAAACAAAAAAAAUGGGGGCUAAGAGUACUUUGAAGAAGCCUAAAAUCAUACUGGUCCCAUUUCCAGCACAAGGCCAUGUGACUCCCAUGCUUAAUCUAGGGUUAGCUUUCGUUAGCCAUGGGUUCGAACCCAUCAUUGUAACCCCAGAGUUCAUUCAUCAUCGGCUCGUAGCAAACAUGGACCCCAACCAUGAAGUAAGGUUCAUGUCAAUACCAGAUGGCUUAGACGAAGAGGGUCCUCAUGAUUUCUUCGCCAUAGAGAAAGCCAUGGAGAAUAUCAUGCCAAUGCAUUUGGAGAGUCUCAUUCGUAAAAUUGAUGAAGAAGAAAAAGAAGAAGAAGAAAAUGGGAGAGUGGUUUGUAUGGUUAUUGAUUUAUUAGCUUCAUGGGCCAUUGAAGUUGCCAACCGAUGUCCGAUCCCUGUUGCUGGGUUCUGGCCAGCUAUGGAAGCCACUUACCGGUUGAUCACUGCCAUACCGGACAUGGUCCACUCCGACCUGAUUUCUGAAACAGGAUGUCCCCAACGUCAAGGUACUGUAGUCUCCCUACCGAGUCAGCCUUUGCUAUCAACCGAAGAUCUUCCAUGGUUAAUUGGAACCCAAGCUUCAAGAAAAGCAAGAUUCAAAUUCUGGAUCAGAACCUUAGAACGUUCAAGAACCCUUCGAUGGCUCCUGGUAAACUCCUUUUCCCAGGAGUUCAUUGAUGAUGAUGAUGAUCCAGAUGAGAAUCCAAUUGUUUUUCCAGUUGCACCUUUGAGUAGACCUUCAUUGAUGGUGAAGAAUCCUAGCUUUUGGGAAGUAGAUAUUAGCUGCUUGGAUUGGUUGGACAAGCAAAAGCCAAACUCAGUGCUCUAUAUUUCAUUUGGGAGUUGGGUUAGUCCCAUUGGAGACUCCAAAAUGAACAGUCUGGCAUUGACACUGGAGGCCUUAAGGAGACCAUUUAUUUGGGUUCUAGCCGACGUAUGGCGACAAGGUUUACCAAAUGGGUAUUUAGAGAGAGUUUCAAAGCAAGGAAAAGUGGUUUCAUGGGCGCCACAGUUGCAAGUGCUGCAACACAAGGCCGUUGGGUUCUAUCUCACACACUGUGGAUGGAAUUCCACCAUGGAAGCCAUACAAUGUCAGAAACGACUCUUAUGCUAUCCGGUUGCCGGAGAUCAAUUUAUCAAUUGUAAAUACAUUGUUGAAGUUUGGAAAAUUGGAGUGAAAAUUUUUGGAUUAGGCCAAAAGGAUGUUGAAGAAGCUCUAGAAAAGGUGACAGAGGAUGAUGAAAUGAAAGAAAGAUUAAUGAGGCUGUACCAGAGGACCAUGGGAGAAGAGGCUGGUUCCAGAGUUGUGGCUAAUCUGAAGGCUUUUCUUUUGGACUCAACCAAAGAUUUUAAACAUUUUAAUUUGUAA